AUGCAGUUGACGGUCCACCAGGAUGACGCUAAUAUGCUCCUUAGCGAGAAAAACAUCCUCUCGGAGCCUGUGUUGGACAAAUACAGAACAGCAGGACAAAUUGUGCAGACGACCCUCAAGUACUUGAUCCAGCUCAUCAACGACUCGUACCACUUGGGCAAAACUGAAAGACCAUAUAGUUUGCAAGAGCUUUGCGUUCUCGGAGACUCGAUGACCCUGAAAUUGCUCAAUAAGUCGUAUACGAAUACGGACAAAGUCAGAGAGAAAGGUUUGGCCCAUCCAGUGACAAUAGAUGUGAACGAGUAUGUGGCCAACGUGUCUCCCGAGUUGGACUUGCAGCAGCAUUACACUUUUUCGCCAGGCGACGUGGUAACGAUUUCUACAGGUGCCCAUAUUGACGGGUACACGGCGUUGGUGUCUCACACAGUGGUGAUUUACCCUCCGGGCGUGAUGAUCGACAACCAGUUAAAACCCGAGGGACCACUUUUGGGCCCUAAAGCUGACUCCAUGGUGGCAUCAUAUAUUGCUACAGAAGCUACCGUUGCUCUUUUGGGGCUUGCAUUGACGCCGGAGAAGCUUUCUGUGGUUCCAGGGUUGAAUGGUGCAUCCAACAUCACAGGUGCUCAUAUUAGAGAACUUGUCGAUGGCAUUGCCGAGAGUUUUGGAUGUGUGGUUGUACCCGGUUCCAAGGUGAGAAGAAUCAGAAGGUUUUUGGCGGGCCAGGCUGAAGGUAUCGUUGCAGAGAGAGAUUUUAAGGGUGUAGUGUGGAGUGAAAGUGACCAAGAAACCAAUCUCUUAAAGAAGACCACUAACGACCAGUCGUUGAUUGUUCACGACAAUAAGGAGGCUGCACACUCUACACAGACUUCCCUGGCCAUCCCGUCUGACGAGUUUGUUAUUGAGGCUGGCGAAGUGUACAACAUAGACAUAAGAAUGUGUUCGGUCAGAAACCUUGAGAAAGGGUUGGUCACCUUGGAGGAUGUGGACGACUACAAAAAUGAGAUGGCUAGGCAGACAAUUCAUAUCCGUGAUUUUGCCAUCACUCACCUGUUGAAGUUGAAGUCUGCCAGAAAGCUUCUUAACGCUGUGGACAAAAACUUCUCCGUUUACCCAUUCAAGCUUACGUAUAUGUGCGAGUCCUUCCCCGUUGACCAUGAGUCUGGUGACGCUGUGAAGCAGCUAGAGGAAAUCAAGAAGGAGAUUAAGGUCCACAGAUUGGGUCUUAGCGAAUUGAGCAACAGAUACUUGACCAGAGCCAAACCAGUGCAAAGAGUGAAGCUGAUUCCUUUACUGAAGAUUCUCACCACAGACAACAAGACGGGUAGACACGGCAUUGACGCUACCAAAUUGACUCUACCUGGCAGAGAAGUGCCGUUGCCGGCUUUGGGAGUCAGUGCGCUCAAAUUGAAGUCUCUUUUGAAGCAUGGCUCGAUUGCUGAUGCUAUUUCCAGAGAGUCUACCACCAUUGUGUUGAAUAACGCCUCAUCGAACAAUGUUGUGCGUUUGACAGGAGGUAAUCAAGCAUUCAAGCCCUCGUGGGUUCACUCGCAGUUCCAAGUUGGUGGCCUCAUCCAGCCAACCGUGGAGGCCUUGAGCCAGUUGGUGCAAGACAGCAGGUUUGGUAUCAAGAUUAAGGAGAUACAGCCGUACAAGUUGAACGAGGAGGUGUUGCAUUUGACCGAGACGAUGCAGUUGGACUAG